UCGUGUUCGCCACGAGUUAAAAACAUCAUGGAUGCCGUGUGAUGAAAUUUUGGUAACCAUGGAUUGUUUUUUCUGAAAAUCUCCGUAUAAAUAGAUCAUAGUCGGGCUCUUUGAUGGAGGAAUUUCAGAAUGUCACCUGAUACGUAAGUGUUGCUUGUAAGGGUGUCCGUUUGGAGCUGAGAAAAGUUUCUACAGCGUUUUGAGAGGUGUUUGUUGACGCUAGCUGAGGGGGAGGGGCAUGCUUGUAUGUCUUCACGCCAGCUGAAACUGGAAGUGAAAGUGUCCAGGACAACUUUCGCUACUUGCGCGGACUGCACUUGACUUUGAGAAAAGGCGACCAGUCAUCCGUGCUGACCUAACUGUGCUCAAAGGACAGAGCUCAUAUAUCAGUUCCGUGUUCAACAAGAAGUGCGCAGGCUAUUUUGUCUAGUCAGAAGGCUGAAGAAGUCUGUCAGUGAAAGUUGUGCCCAUGGCGAGUAGGGAAGAUGGAGGGAAGAUUCGGUACGAGGAAAUUCACUCCCUUCUAGACUUUUUCUCCAAGAACACAUUCAAAACCAAGGACACACAGGGGAAUUCGAGGCUGAAAGUCAUCCACAGAAAGUGUCUUGAUCUCUUUGCAAAGGACUACAAGUACGCUACCAUAGAUAACAGUGGUGGGGAGCUGUGUGGCCAUUAUCCAGCCAAGCUGGUCUUGCUGGAGUAUGAAGUGGAUGAUGCCACCAGGAAUACCAAAGUUGGCUCCUUGUAUGACCUUGGCUGGAUGCAUGACCUGUUUACCAAGGCCAGACUGGCGCGCUGCAGGUCCCGGUUUGUAGUGCCUGUCAUGCUGUAUGAAGGCAAGCACAUCUGCAGGUCAGCGACCCUUGCCAGCGGUGCGGAGGUGUACGGCAGGUCGGGUCUGGACUUCCUCUUCUCAGGUGGAGAGAGCAUCCCUUCAGAAGACGGGAUGGUGAGCAAUGGGAUGUCCCGGGACCAGGCAGUUUACGUCCCCAAUGGGAACAGGAACAGAGCUGUUAUGCAGAGGUCAUUUUUCUCAGGUUUGCCACUAUUGUGGAAUGCCUUCUUCAUCCCACCAGUGUCUGCUAUGAGUGAAUGGCAGCUGGUGGACAGUAUCCGUAUGCAGGACAUCCGGCUGCUGAAGGCCCUGAACAUCGGCACCAUCGUGGACCUCAUGGUGGAGAACAAGAAGGUCAAGUUUGGCAUGCAGGUUACAUCUUCAGAAAAAGUGGACAAGGAACACAGAUAUGCAGACUUCACAUUGAUAUCGGUGCCCUAUCCAGGCUGUGAAUUCUUCAAGGACUACAGAGACAAUGACUACGUCGCAGAAGGGCUAGUGUUUGAGUGGAAUCAGGGCUAUGUUGAUGCAGACCUUCAGGUUCCACAGUCACUUAUAGAGAAGUCACGAUGCCUGGGAAUUGACUGGGACAGAUACAGGUCUUGGGACCUCAUCAAACUUACCCAGAACUACCUUAGGCUAAUGCUCUACUGUCUGCACCAUGGUGAAAGUGGCCUGCUGGUCCACUGUAUCUCCGGCUGGGACAGAACACCGCUCCACACAUCACUACUCAGGCUGUCCCUCUGGGCUGAUGGUAAGAUGCACAAGUCUCUGAGUGCCCUGGAGAUGCUGUACCUCACCAUAGCGUACGACUGGCAGCUGUUUGGGCACAAUCUGCAGGACAGGCUGAGCAAGGGGGAGGAGAUCUUUUUCUUCUGUUUCAACUUUUUGAAACACAUUGCUGGGGAUGAAUUCUGCAUAGACAGGGUUAAAGGAGAAACAAACAGACCAACAAGGUCAGACUCCGAGCCCCAGUUUGAUGACACAGUGCUGAUAGGUAUUGAGGAUGGCUCCAGCCCUGCCAGGAGACAUCGGGACAGUUCAGGGUCGAUGAGCUCCAUCGGCAGCAUGAGCAACUGUGUGCUGGAUGGUACCACUGUCCCCUUCACUGUGGGGGAUGACAGCCCCUUUUCAGGGGAGAGACACCCCAAUGGUAAUAUUCCCAUAAUGAUGCAGCCCAUGGCCCAGCGUGCAGUACUCGGCUCCGCCGCAUCCUCAGCCUGCAGCAGCCCCAUGGCUGUUCCAUCCAAAAAGCCCACCCCUGUGGAGGCAGGGAGUAAGUCAGGCUCAUCUGUUGGCAGCUGGCAGAUAGUGACAGAGUCCGGCAGUAUCCGAGGGUUCACCACAUCGCGGGACUCCCCUGUCCUGGUGGGGUCGGAGAGCUCAGGCAGCAGUGGGCCGGGAAGUUCCCCUCCGGAGCCCAAGGAGGCGUCCAUGAGAAAGAUGCGUCUGGAGGAGGUGCGGUGUAUCUUCCUGGCACACUACAGCGCCGUGGUCGGCAUGAGGAACGGGCCGGAGUACGGCGGGGGGUUGUCGGGCUUCAUGGGACAACUAGCUAGCAAAGUAGGGUUCAGGGCAAGGGCCAAUAUUGUAUAGGCUUUAUUGUAUACCCAACCUUGUUCCUGGACACUGUAUAUUACUUAGUACAUGUACUUCUCUUUAUAGCAGUCGUAUUAUUGUACUAUUAUACUAACAGGGAUGAACAGCUUGAAGAGCUGCAAUGAGUCUGUCACCACCAUGGAUAAAAAAAAAGGACUAUAUUUUUUCUCUCAAGAAAUUUACAUGAACAGUGUUUUGUGCAUAGAAUUGAUCUAUUGACUAGUUUAUCAAGAACAGAAAUUUUUAGCCAAUAUUUAUGCUUGAAUAACCCGUAGGCUCAUAGAAAGCUUAGUUUGUACUAUUGUUGUAGAUUUCAAUGAAUGUAGCUGACACUUGCUUAAUAAGGGAAAUGUCAAGUGUGAUGUUUCUCCUUGCUGUACAAAAAGUGCAAUUGGCACAAGUUACAAGAAUUAGAUAGAAAUAUGCAAUUUAACAGUGUUGAUUAGAGAUAUCAACUGUGACCACAUUACAUUUUGUAUGUUCCCCUUGUUUCCAAUGGUGCUUAGGCCCCCUUUCCACUAGAUGACCACUUUGUGACCCCUAGAUUUUCGAAAUUGCAAUUAAUUCCAGGAUGUUAAAGUAUGAUGUCAAAGACAACACAACACUCAGAAAUUGACAAGAUUUCAAAUUGUUAUUUGUGAAAUUCAUUGAGAAAACUGUCAGAGUUUUGCUCUGUGGUUGUAGCCUAUGGUGGAAAGGGGGCAUUACUGGAAGGGCUUCAUAAUACCAUGUUAAAGUUACUUAGUGUAAUCAUUUCCAUGUCUUAUAUCAGAAGAUACAAUAAUCGGACUCAGUGGACCAAAUAGCAUAAAGCUUCACAUUGUUGUUUUUUUAAAUCCUCUCUGCAGACUGUACUGCAAUGGGAUGCAGUAUAUACAUGUACAACAGUAUGGCUUCAGUUUUAUUUGACGCACUUUUAUGUGAUGCCUGCAAUUUCCAGUCCUUUCAAAGGAAAUUCCUGGAAUAAGAGCUCUACAGAGCCUAACAUGGUAUUCAAGUCUGCUCCUCUGUUUAAAACAGCAAAAUCAAUUAAUUUCAUUCAGUGAUAGUCUUGUCAAGGUUAGCCAACCACACGUAUGCCAGAAUUUGCAAUGUAUUACAGGAUGUUGAUUUUGUGUUCUAUUCCCAGUAUACCCAGUCAGUCUCUGAAGUGCCUGAGUCUGUCAGCUUUUGUUUCAUAACCAAGACCUCAGAUUAUGUUAAUUACCGUAUAUCCCAUAUUGGUUCAAGAAGGAUUUGUGCUUUUGUAUUUAUGAUAUUCAGACAAAUAUAAGUGCUGUAAUAUAAUGAGCUUUAAAGUCAUUUACUUGGGCUGAGUAGUUUAGAACAUACUUGACUAUUUGGCUUUCAUCCAUGUUUCUCAUAUUUUUUUCUAAAAAUUGAGCAGAUACUUAUGCAAGACAAUAAAAAAUUACAUAGUUUACAGUUGGGCAGUCAUGAAUUUGUGUUAGGCCUAUGGUGAGUCAACUAGUCCAGAUUUGAUGCAAACUAACAUACACAUACAUGUACAUGUAUAGCAAAUGGUGUAUUUUUUGGGAAAGCCUUGUUUUCUGCUGGCUUUUAGUACCUUCUGUACCAUGUAAUACAUGGCCAUUAUUACUAGUACGUACACAUGUAUAACGUUGUGAAAGUAGAGAUUGCUAUUUCAGAAAAUCACUACUUUUACCCGUAGAGAUUCGAGAUUGCAAAAAUAUACGUCAGUCUCUGAUCUUACUGGUAGAAAUGCCGAUCGUACUGGCAUAGAUAAGGAUCUGUCUCUGAUCUCAAUCUCUCCCAUCCCAACAGAAUACGUGAUCCUGCUAGAUUGCAAUCUCUACUACUAUGUUUACCAGUACAUAGACAUAGAAAAAGCUGCAUAAGUUUUGUUUAAACCUUGUACAGUAUUCACUAGUUAAAAUUUCUUACUCAUUCUCAAGGAUCCAAUCGCUGCAAGUUUUGUAAAUAGUCUACUUUAAUUUCUUUCAUUCAACUGUAUAGUUGGAAUUUGUCACUGAUUUUCCUCUAAAACUAAUUACUACAAUGAUCACUGCAUAUUUGUAAAAACAUUGUCAAUCUAUGCAUAGUUGUGUAUUCAUACAACCUGGCACCAAGUUGUCAUCUUUAGGAAAGUCAUUAGUGUACAAUUUGAUGUUUAUUUGUGUUUAAGUCAUUGUUAUAUGAGAUGAAUAAUUUGGCCACACAUUGCAAGUUUCAAAUAGAGGUUUUCUGAUAUGUAUGGCAUAAUUUCAAAUGCAAUUUCUGGACAGACAGAAUUGUAACAAAUCUUCCUGUGUUGUGAAACUGCACUUUGCAGUUUUCUGCCGCUGCAAAUUUAAAGUGAAGCACUUUCUUUUCAUAUCUCAGGGACGUAAUUAAGUACCAGUUACUGUGUGGUCCGAAAUGCAAAGGACAAAACAGUAAUUUCUACUAAGUAUAUCUCUACAUCUAAUUUUAUCCAAUUGCCAAUAUAUCUUAUCUCAAUACAUCUAUAUGGUCCUAUUCUAGAUGCUCUGUAUUAAAAUGAAAUGUGUACAGCUGGA